AUGCCAGAAGUUAAGAAGCAGGAGAAAAUUCUAGCCGAUAGUAAGGCCAAGAUCAAUUCCAAUGUGGCCAGAGCGAUCACUUUCCUUACAGUGGUGCCUAUGAAUCUUAUUCGAUUGUGGUACAGUCGUGUGCCUUUAUUGUAUCUUCCUAAUGGAUUGUUACCUGCUUUCCUGGAGAUCUUCGUUCUCAACUUUCCUCUUCUUUCGAGAGGUUCCAUUGGUGUGAUAGUAUGGUCGUUCUGCGUCAGUAGGGUGUUCAACUUCUUUGCUUCCUUUUUCAAGCUCAUCUUCUUUACUGAAGUGGUACAUAAAACACCAACUACUAAGAUUGAUUAA